AAGAAAACAUAACAGAGUGAGUGAGUGUUUCGAAGAAAGAAAGAGUGAGAUGAGGAAGCAAUGGGCAUGGAGUUCCACGGUGAUGUUGCUUCUGAUGUUGUUCCUUGUCUCUGAAAUAGCCACCGUAAGAAGCACCGACUACGCUUGCAAAUUCCCCCACCACUCUUACCCUUUCUGCGACGCUUCCCUUCCCACUCUCGCUCGAGCGCGAUCCAUCGUUUCUCUCCUCACUCUCCCGGAGAAGAUCCUCCUUCUCUCCAACAACGCCUCUUCCAUUCCCCGCCUCGGCAUCCCCGCCUACCAGUGGUGGUCCGAGUCUCUCCACGGCCUUGCGAUCAAUGGCCCCGGAGUCUCCUUCAACGGCACCAUCCCCUCCGCCACCAACUUCCCCCAAGUCAUCCUCUCAGCCGCCUCCUUCAACCGCUCCCUCUGGUUCCGCACCGCCGCCGCCAUCGCCCGCGAGGCCCGCGCCAUGUUCAAUGUGGGCCAGGCCGGUCUCACCUUCUGGGCCCCCAACAUCAACAUCUUCAGAGACCCCAGGUGGGGCCGCGGCCAGGAGACUCCCGGGGAAGAUCCCAUGCUCGCUUCUGCCUAUGCUGUUGAGUAUGUCCGAGGCCUUCAGGGGAUUCGCGGAAUCCAAGAUGCUGUUGGCGAUGAUGAUGAUGAUAAACUUAUGGUGUCUGCGUGUUGCAAACAUUUCACUGCUUAUGAUUUGGACAUGUGGAAGCAGUUCUCGAGGUAUAACUUCAAUGCUGUGGUAUCAGAACAGGAUUUGGAAGAUACAUAUCAGCCACCGUUUCGUGGUUGUAUCCAGCAAGGUAAAGCUAGCUGCUUGAUGUGUUCCUACAAUGAGGUGAACGGUGUUCCUGCUUGUGCAAGUGAGGAACUCUUGGGACUGGCUAGAGACAAGUGGGGGUUCAAAGGGUACAUCACCUCAGACUGUGAUGCUGUGGCCACGGUUUAUGAGUAUCAGAAAUACGCUAAUUCCAGUGAGGAUGCUGUCGCUGAUGUUCUCAAAGCAGGUUUGGAUAUUGAUUGUGGAACGUUUAUGCUUAGAAAUACAGAAUAUGCUAUUGAACAAGGUAAAAUUAAAGAGGAAGAUAUAGAUAGAGCUCUUCUUAACCUUUUUUCUGUUCAACUGCGCCUUGGACUGUUUGAUGGAGACCCUCUAAAAGGCCAAUUUGGAAAAUUGGGAUCAAAGGAUGUUUGUAACCCAGAACACAAAACACUGGCGCUUGAAGCUGCAAGGCAGGGAAUUGUACUGCUGAAGAAUGACAAGAAGUUUCUUCCCUUGAAUAGGGAUAUUGGUGCCUCCUUGGCUGUCAUUGGUCCAUUGGCAACUACAACCAAACUAGGUGGUGGCUACUCAGGAAUUCCUUGCUCCUUAACAAGCUUAUACGGAGGACUUGAAGAGUUUGCAGAGAGGAUAUCAUUUUCUUUUGGUUGCCAUGAUGUAUCGUGCGAGUCUGAUGAUGGUUUCGGUGAGGCUCUUGACACUGCAAAACAAGCUGAUUUUGUUGUUAUAGUUGUCGGACUUGAUGCAACGCAAGAGACAGAGGAUCAUGAUCGAGUUAGUCUUCUCUUGCCUGGUAAACAGAUGGACCUUGUAUCCUCUGUAGCUGAUGCCAGUAAAAAUCCAGCCAUUCUAGUUCUUAUUGGUGGAGGACCUCUUGAUGUCUCUUUUGCUGAAAAAAAUGAAAAAAUUGGAAGUAUUCUUUGGGUUGGGUACCCUGGUGAAGCUGGCGGAAAAGCCCUAGCUGAAAUAAUCUUUGGAGAGUUUAAUCCAGUGGGAAGACUACCAUUGACUUGGUACCCUGAGGCAUUUACUAAUGUUCCCAUGAAUGACAUGAACAUGCGAGCUGAUCCUUCACGUGGUUACCCAGGAAGAACCUACCGGUUUUAUACUGGAAGUAGAGUAUACGGAUUUGGCCAUGGUUUAAGCUACAGUCAUUUUUCUUACAAUUUCUUAUCAGCCCCAAGUAAAAUUAGUCUGUCAAGAAUAAUCAAAGAUGGUUCUAGAAAAAGAUUAUAUCAGGCAGGGAAAGAAGUUUAUGGAGCUGAUUAUGUUCCAAUUAAUAAGUUGCAAAAUUGCAAUUCAUUGAGUUUCUCAGUGCAUAUUUCUGUGACCAACCUUGGUGAUUUGGAUGGAAGUCAUGUUGUGAUGUUGUUCUCUAAAGGGCCGAGAGUUGUAGAUGGUUCUCCAGAAACCCAGUUGGUUGGGUUCAGCAGUCUGCAUACUGUUGCUAACAAAUCUGCUGACACAAGCAUUUUGGUGCAUCCUUGUGAGCACUUGAGCUUUGCAGAUGAGCAAGGAAGAAGGAUUUUGCCAAUGGGCUCCCACACUUUGAGUGUAGGCGAUGUGGAGCACAUUGUUUCAAUUCAAAUUUAUUGAUUGCUUGUAAAAUGCUAAAUGUGUAACUUACUGAAUAAGCCGAUAUGAUAAAAUUCAAAUGAUGUUCGUCGAGAAUGAUAAAAUUCAAAUGAUGUUCGUCGAGAA